AUGGUGGAAAUCUUGAAGCAUGCACAGUCUUCUUUCUAUCCGAUAUCUUUCUUUUUUGAAUUUUCUAUCAGAGGUAUUUUUAUACCAGCACACAAGAAGCAUUCCUCGAGUUAUAAAUCUUACGUUACAAGUGCUGGACAUCUGGGGGAGAACUGUGUCCAGCCAACUGUGUUAGCGGAUAUGACGCAUGAUAUGCGACUGGCCUCCGAGAAGACAUUUAGACCUGUUGCAGCGCUUUUUGCGUUCGAUGAGGAAGAGGAAGCCAUUCGAGAGGAGAACAGGUGUGAGGUUGCUUUGGGGCUUAUAUCUAUACUCGGAGCAUAA